AUGGCUGACCUUGAUAUUAAAUUUCUGUUACAACAGAAGAAGGCUGAAAAACUCAAAGCUUUGGAAGCAGCUAGACCUAUGGUACCGCCGGCUCGGGACGCAAAAUAUGUCACAGCCAAGGAAGGACAUGAUGGCGAAUUUGAAUCAAACAUCAAUUCUGAUUCAGACAAUGAGACAUCCGCCAAUACAGCCUCGCCUCAAAAGCCAUUUGGAAUUGAUCAUGAACCCCAAAGUGGACCUUCGACCAAUCCAAAACCUCUGAGGAAGGACGAGCUUUCACAAUCAUCUACUAUACUCAUAUCAAUCGAACCCGACAAGCGACGAUUCUUUCGCCCCCUAGCAGACGCCAUCACAUCAUCUAGUGGCGACCAGCUCGGUAAGAUACUUUUCCGUUUAUGUGUCGAGUAUCCCGAUGCUAGAGCAGUGGUUGAAUCUUUGCUUGCCGAUACUAUCGAUGAAGGCAUCAUUGAAAAUCCACAUCCAUUACUUCGAAGAAGCUCAAACUCGAGAAUCGAGCAAUCCUCAAAUAAGAUUUCACCUAUCAAGAAAGCCUUGAAAAAUCCGUUUUUUCCAGUUGCAUUAAACAAUAGCAAUCAAAGAGAGGAACAAGGGCCACUUAUCGCGAAAUCUGCCAGAGAUGACCCAGAAUCACCACCAGCAGUACUUGCUGUUGUGAAUCCGGCCAGAAAACUGCCAUCAGUCCCUCAAACCUCUAUCUCUCUACUUAGCUCAGCGGUCAGCGAAAAGCGUAAACGGGAUGAACCUGCAGAUGCUUCGAUUGUCUCUCAGUCGCGGAAGAAAUCAAAAUCACAUUUUGUCAUUCCUAAGCAUUCAAAGAGGGAUAUCCCAUUGAGCGAAAAUAAAGAUACAAAUCCACGAUCCGAGUCGCUGGCUUCAAACUUUCCAAGCACCUCCGAACGCUCCAAAACCAAGCCUAUCGAAGCUUCGCAAUCUCUUUCUGAUUCCGGUAACAAAAUGGGUGUUGGAGAAGAUCCGUCUGAUAAAUGCAGUUGUUCGAUUUGUCAUCAAGAAUUUAGUAAGAAAAAUCUGGAGCGACAUAUGAGAGGUAUACAUAAAACAGAAGGGGAGCCAUUCGGAUGUUCGCUUUGCACCAAAAAGUAUGCUUUUCGGGACUAUCUUUAUCGCCAUCUGACCUCUUUUCAUACAAAUGGUUUGAAGUGUAUUGCUUGUGGACUUUUAUAUUCAGAUGAUAACAUUUUGAAUACGCACAUGAGGUCUGUACAUGGUGUACAGGCAGUGGAAGAUAAAAGGAUCAAGGAAUCUCCAACGGCACUAAACUCUGUUAAGAAGCAGGUCCGUUUCCAAGAGGAUUCGAUGAAAUUGCGGAAGUCUUAAAUUACCGGACGAUUUCGGACAACCAUUUAAUUCGAAUCGACUAUACAAGAUCAUUUUCAAUUGGACUCUACGUUUACAUCCACUAUACACCAAUAAUAUGACUGAUUCUGGUAGCCCCGGUGGUUUGAACGUCGCAUAUAUUCGUGUACAUGAAUCUCCAAGGUGACUCUCACUAAGUCAAACGAUAGUCUGUCUAUCUAGGUAUCCUUUCCUCUUUCGAUCACGAUCCGUCAUCAUGAUCAACCACUACUGGGCACUUAAUUCAUCGUACGCGUUUCCGAUAAUCCAUCAUAUUUGAUGUGUCAGGCUGCAGAUAGAGGCUCGAGAUGGGCAGGGUUCGUGAUGUACGGCUGCGGCUACGGUCAUCGAAAACUGCCAAUAACAAGCACGAUCGUGGAAUAAUUGGGAUUUCAUGUUGUGAGCUUAUGUGUGGUGACUAAUAAAUGACAAGCCAACGGUACACAAUAUUGAGGUAUUGGGAGCUUGCUGGUGUCGCCGGUUUGAAUUCCAUUCGGUAACGGUUCUUUCGAUUGAAAACCGGCGGUAAAAAAUUCUCUUUUGUCAUUGCGGUCGCCAAAUCUCAUUUUAGUUGCUUCUCACACCUGAUGAAGGUAUGUGUGUGUGAAUUGCUGUUCUUAGAUCAAUGAAAUAAGGCAACGGAAUAUAAGAAUCUCAUAUAAACAGCCCUUCCGAUUCUUCACUGUCUGCCUCUACUUUCACUUUUUCUUUUACCUUGCCCACCCACACAUUCUCUUCCCGCUAUAUUUGCUGUCUUGUACCUGUAGUAUACAAAGACAGAUCAGUUUUCGACCAUCAUCCUAACACUCGCACUUUGUCCUCACAUUCCUACCCAGGAAAAAGAUAUCAAACCCUCCCAAACAUGCCAGGAAGCAUCUACUCGAAAAGCUGGUCCGCAACAGCUGUGGAUGGUAGCGUGACUGAAUUCAAUAAAGAGCAAAACCAUGCAUCGAAAAGCGCACAAAAGGAAGAGGCGCUGAGAGAACAGAGGUUGAGAAACUUUCGUUCUGAAAGUGG